AUGUCCUCGCGGUCUCGCUCCAGGAGCAGCGAUGGCAAGGUGUUCUUCUGGCGCAUCAACCAGGCCGGGUACGAGGGCGCCGGCGCCAGCGCUGAGCGGCUGCUGCUCUCAGUGCUGGAAGCCUUUGGUUUCUCCCGGGCCGACACAGCCACAGGCGCCCGGCUUCUGUGGGCCAACUGUUUUGAGCCGAAGCUUUGGGCGUCUGCAGGAUAUUGCCUCAUCAACCACUUCCCACGGUCGGUGGAGUUGUCCCACAAGCACCGGCUCUGUGACACCUUGAUGCGUCGUGGGUGCAGGUUCCUGCCCAAGAGCUUCGUCCUUCCCAAAGAGCUGCCCCAGUGGCUGGAGCACGCCAAAGGCGAGCAGAGAGGGACUUGGACCGGCGGCCAGAUACUUCGCCAGCACCCGGCCAUCCGCGGGCAAUUGAAGGCCGGGGCGAUCUGGGUAAAGGCCAGAUACGAGGACUUCGUGGUGCAGGAGAUCUGCUCCUCCGGCGAGAUCGUUGAGCUGGAAGACCUUUCUCUCAGCUCGCGCUGGCACCAGCUGCAUGCAAAGUCCGAGCUGGGUGGCUUCGCGCGGCUGACUCUGGCCAAGGAGAACCGAGAUGUGGCGGAUGCGUUGGCGGUGGUGGCGCAAACUUUGCAGGUUCAGCGCCACUUCUUCGGCGUUCAUGGCCUCAAGGACCGCCGCGGCAUCACUUAUCAGCACCUAAGCCUCCCCUGGGCGCAGCUGUGUCCCCGCUCGUUGGGUCGGCCCCUUCACGACGGCGCGGUGCUGCUCGGAGACUUGGCGCGGCAGCACGCGCCCUGCCGACUCGGCGCCAUUCAGGGAAACCGCUUCCAGCUGGCCCUCCGGGACGUUUCCCUCGGACCUGGAGCCGGCGACCUCCACUCCGCCGUGCGGCACGCUGCUCAAGACCUCCGCGCGGGCUUCGGGAACUACUUCGGCGCCCAGCGCUUCGGGCCGCAGCAGGCGAACCCCCAGAUCGGCGCGGCCAUUGUGCGUAGGGACUACCGGCGAGCCUGCCAGCUGAUUGUCGCCAUGUCGCAAUUCCCCGACGACGUGGCGCGCCACUUUGCGGAGGAGCGCUUCGCGGCGCUCCGAGCCGCGCUGCCGCGCCGGGCCGCGGUGGAGCGGCGCCUGCUGCGGGCGCUGGAGAAGGAUCCGACCAACUUCGAGGCAGCGCUGCUCGCGCUACCACGGCAGAUGCGGCUGCUCUUCCUGAGGUCGCUUUCAUCUCUGAUUUGGAACCGCGUGGUGUCCUGGCGCUUCGAGCGCUUCGGGCUGGAGGUGCUGCCAGGAGAUCUGGUGCUCGAGGGCAAUGGUUUGAAAAGCCGCCCCAACGAGUCGGAGAUGUCGGAGCUGUCGGAGGUGGUGCUCCCUUUGCCGGGCAGCAAGGUGGAAGUGACUCACAUGCGACAGCUCUAUGAAGAGGCCUGCGCCUUGCUGGGCCUCAGCCUGGCAGACUUAGAGCACGGCGUGGACCCGCGGCUCGGGCGCCUGGAGGGCGGCUGGCGGCAGCUGGUGGCCACCCCCCGCGCGGUGGACGCGCGGCUGGUGCCGUACAGGGAACCCUGCGAGCGCUUCUUCGUUUCUGCCAUGGACACUGUGAAAGGGCGGCAGGUGCCACCCGUGGAGGUGCCCUGCCCUUCGUUGGAUCAGCGCUGGGCGGUGAUUGUGGAAUUGGAGCUGGCGUCGAGUCAGUAUGCGACUGUGGCGAUGCGCGAGUUCAUGCAAGGCGGCGCCUGGAUCUUCAAGCCCGGGCGCGCGGGUGGCGGCCGUGGCGUGCAGGUCAUUCAGUGCGACAGCGAAAAUCAGAUCCACGACGCGUGGCAGCUGUUGCAGAGGCAGAAGACGCCAUCGGUGAUCAGCCAAUAUGUUGACAAUCCAUUGCUGGUUGAUGGAAGGAAGGUGGAUCUGCGGUUGUACGUGCUGGUGACUUCCUUCGGGGAGUCCGCAGAGGAGAUGGACCGUGAGUCUUCGUCUGGGAUGAAGGCCUACCUCUUCUCCGAGGGCUUGGUGCGCUUCUGCAGCGAGGCCUUCACCAUGUCGCCGGCCAAGCUCACGGAUCCAUGCGUGCACCUCACCAACAACGAGGUGAACGCGCGGAACCUCCAGGGCAAAACGGCGCUGGACUGCGGCAACUGGCGUCUCUCGGAGCUGCGGGCCUGGCUGCGACAGCGCAAAAAGAGCGGCGAGGCAGAGCUCUGGUCCCAUUUGAAGGCGUUGGCGUGGGAAGUGCUGGACGCGGCCAGGCCGGUCAUCGCCCAGGAAGUAGGGCGGCUACCGGAAGGUUCCCGCGACCGAUGCUUUGAGCUUUUCGGAUUUGACGUGCUCUUGGACGCAGAUCUGCGGCCAUGGCUCUGCGAGGUGAACAGCCAGCCCUCGCUGGGCGUGGGCGGCAAAGUGGACCUCGCGGCCGGAGGGCCGGAGGGGAAAGGGUAG